CAAUCACCAGACCGUCGUACGACUCAAUUGGUGGCAAGACGGACAGCCGGGCAGUCUGAACGAGUUCUGUGUGGCGUUUGACUCGAGAGUGGGGACCCUGAGUGACGAGGAUUGUAACAACGCUCUCCCUUUCAUCUGUCAGUUUGGUGAGUAAAAAAUAAAUAAAAAGCUCACUAGAUUUGUUUUGUUUCACUGACAUCGCUUUAUGAACAGGUGAAAUAUUCUAUCGCACUUUCUAGUUACAAUUUUUAAUAAAAGUAGAGCCUUUGAACUAUUCAUGAAGGAACUUGUAGUUUCUUAAAAAACGAGCCUUUUUAAAAAACAAAACAAAUUGAAAUCGUAUAAAUCAUUUUACAUGCAUUAUUUUGCCAUUAUUUAUGUAUUGCUCAGUUCAAGCGAUCAACCUUUCGAUCAUAUAUUUGAUGCGAUUUUUAUACGAAGCCUUUUCACAACUUUCAAAUUGCUAUAUCGUCAAAUUCUCAUUUUUGUCAAUAACGUUUCAUAUUUCCUUAACUUUCCCCUUCAAAGAAUAUUUUUUUUUGUACUGCAUACUUAAAUACUUAGCAAAUACGAAGUAUAUAGCAGCAGCUAGACAAUUCAUCUCCACGCGAGAACGCGCAACGAUUGGACAAAUGAUUAACAAUCACCCCGCCCCUUUGUGAAAAACAGAUUUUAUGGGGGUUUGGGCUGAACAUUUGACAGAAUGUGUUGUCAUCGACAACGAGUCUAUGCCAAGUUUCAGCGUGAUAGUAUGACGGGAAAUGGGUCAAUUAGUAUUCCGAAGAUUUUUACCACGCAGAAACAUGAAAAAAAAGCGAAGUUAAUCUAAAGGAUUAAAAAAUGACUUAUAUCUAGUCUACCCCAACAACUUUGCACAUUUCAACUCGGCAAGGAGAUAUUAAGCAAAGGCAGAUGCUGUAUUUUGCAUGGUGUGACGAAAAAAAUUAUAUAAAAAAAAAAAGCACAGCUAUUUCUCUGAAGGUGGCGCCAUCAAUAGGUCCUCUUAAAAAUAUAUAUAUUUAAGAACAAUCAUCAAUGAUAAUACGAUUCAAAAUAUGGUGAAAUGAAUUUAUUGAAAUUUUUUUUAAAAAUAACAUUUUGAUUAUAAAACAAAUAUUACAUAUUCUUAAGGUAAUCGCAAAACAGUAACGACAGAUUAUUAUAAAAGUUAGUUAAAGAUUUAUUUUCCGUCUUCCCUUGUUAGUUUUUAAGCCACGCAGUUGUCUGUCAUCUCUGAACUUCUCUCUUCUUUAUUUCUAAAGCAUUUGGCUAAAUUUGCAUGAUCUGGCUCUCGGUCUGUUUCCCAGAAGUUUUCCAUUAGAUAAACAACUCUGUAAUACUUUAUCUUGUUACAAUGUUUUUCUUCCCCUUCGUUUGGGUGACUUUCAUUUUUUUUUUUUUAAUAUAAAUUUAAUUAUAUAUUUUAUUUAUAUGUUUAAAUUCAUCAAUGUAAAAUUUCAAGUGUCCUUACAUUACGAAAUGUACAGAGUUUAAAAGAAAGUCAACCUUUUAAAAAGUGUACAUUGGUUCCCCGUUUAAACCCCAGAUGCUGCCAGCCCGUGUGAAGGAAUCCUCCCAGGCUCUGUCUACGCGUCCGGUUACUGCUUUAAAUACUACAGCCAACAGGUUACGUGGUCGGAGGCUCGGGUAAGUGGUACUGGGUAAGGUGAUGAGGUCACCAACAUAAAUUGGUGGAGGAAGGUACUUUGGUCAACCAAAUGAAGUAGUGGAUGAAAGUGCUGGGGUAAACAAAUGAAGUAGUGCAGAAAGCUACUUUGUUCAAUCAAAGAAAGUAGUGCUUUGGUCAAACAACUUAAGUCGCGGAGAAAGGUAUAGGGAUUAGUAAAUUUAAGUUUUGGAGGAAAGUGCAAUUUUUUUGUGGAGAAAGUCGUAACCCUAUUUACCAAAAGAACAUCGAGUAUUAUUUGAAAUCUGGCAAAAGCUGUAAACGUAAAGAAUAACUAAGAAUUGUCUGGUGUUGACCAGGCCUAUAACCAACACCUCCCGGUAAAAAAAGAAAAUAAAAAAAAUGGAAAGAAAAAAAAAACAAAAGAAGAAUUGGAGUAUUUUCACGCUUCUUCUAUUGUUAUUUAUAAACUUUUGAAAACACAGUGUGCCUUACUACCCUUCUGCACAGAAUUUCAUGGCGUAAUUCAUUUUAAGAAAAUUUGAAACGAUUCUUUAGAUUACAUUUUUUACGGCGUUUAACUUGUCUUUGAAAGAUAAAUCCAGUUUUUGAACUACUCUAUUUUAUUCUAUUGUUGCCGUUGCCACCUAAGUUCCCUCGUUAACUUGCCAUCGACGUCUGGUGGAGGCGUCCUCUUGUCUUUUGCACCGUAAUGUCACGUUAUUUUUUUUUUCAUUCUGUUAUCUUUGGGCGCUCCCGUCACAUGCAGAGCAAUUUAUUUUCUGAUGCGUUUUCUAUUGUUCGUAGCCCUCUAAGAAAUUAUUUGAAUGUCACAUCACCUUAUUCGUAUCUCAAGGACAAUGAAAGUGUUUUUUUUUUCCUAAUUAGAGGCUUAAUUAUUAAUAGAACACUUUAAAUUGUCAGCAAUCAGAAAAAAUAAUAAUUAAAAAAUGAAAUAAAAAUAGAUUAUUUAAAGAACUUUCCCGAUGUGUUCCCAUCUCUAAUUGUCAUAUAUGAAGCACAAAGUCACUGAAUUAAUAUUGUUUCUAUGUUUCUUUGAAGUCUUACUGUCUACAUAACAACUCUCACCUGGCUGAACCGAAGACCGCGGAAAUGGAACGUGUGG